AUGAGAGACUUUCCUUCUUGCUCCGGUGAAAAUGGCGUUCAGAUAGCAAAUUCCCCAUCCUCCAACGCAGGAAAAACAGCUCAGAAUCUUGUCAUUUGUGUCUACCGUUGCCGCAUCAGAGGCAAGACUUGUUUGAUCACAGUCACAUGGACCAAGAAUCUAAUGGGUCAGUGUGUAACCAUCGGAGUGGACGAUUCUUGCAACAGAAGUCUCUGUAAAGUAGAGAUCAAGCCCUGGCUCUUCACUAAACGAAAAGGGUCCAAGAAUCUUGAGGCUUAUUCUUGUAAUAUUGAUGUCUUUUGGGAUCUCUCCUCUGCUAAAUUUGGAUCCAGCUCUGAGCCUUUAGGAGGGUUCUAUGUGUGCGUUGUUGUGGAUAAAGAGAUGACUCUUCUUCUUGGCGAUAUGAGGAAAGAAGCUUUCAAAAAGACAAACGCUGCACCUUCUUCAUCUCUUGGUGCUGUGAUUGUGGCUAAGAAAGAACAUGUGUUUGGUAAGAGAACGUUUGAAACAAAGGCUCAGUUCUCUGGUGAUGACAAAACACAUGACCUUGUGAUAGAAUGUGACACGAGUGUAUCUGAUCCUUGCCUUAUUGUUCGUGUUGAUGGGAAGACGUUGUUGCAGGUGAAGCGGCUUCAUUGGAAGUUCCGUGGUAAUGAUACAAUGGUUGUUGAUAGGAUCUCUGUGGAAGUUCUUUGGGAUGUUCAUAGUUGGUUCUUUGGUCUUCCAUCAUCAACAGGACAUGCUGUGUUUAUGUUCAGGACUUGUCAACCUGUUGAAAAGACUUGGUCGUUAGCACAGGUCCCAACGAGCUCUAAAUCUCAAAGUUUAGGGUUCUCAUUGGUUCUGUACGCUUGGAAGAACGAGUAGAUAAGAAGAAGUUUUGAGAGUUC